GUAGCGGUAGUUGUCGAGACCUGUAGAGGAGACAGCAAUGAAGAGAAAACCGAUACUUCAUGGUGGGUGCUUAGGCCACGGAUAGGGCGCUGCCGGGAUGACCUGUAGGGUAAAGAGAUUCAUCUGGAGAGCGCGAAACAAAUGUCUCUUUUCAGGUUGGAGCAAACGGGGCAAUAAACCUGUCAGAUACAUUUUGCGGCCCACUCCAAAGGAUCAUGCCGAAUGUUGAGCUCCGCACCAUAGAUCACAGGAAAAUGAUCACUGAUCUCGACUGAUCCGCACACACGGCGCCCAUUUCUCGUAGACCGCUCUUUAUUUUUUUCGUUCAAUUUUAGCCCCACCGGCGCGCAUUAUUUCCCACUCUUGCAAUUUCUCUUCGCAUGUCGCGGGAAUGAAACCUCGCAAAUGGGCUCGGUUGCGCCCCCUGUUUGUCAAGCGUUCAGAACAUGUCCUCGAGUUCUAUCCUCGAGACCUGGAUGGCCUCACCAUAUCUGUAUUACUGUCGUACCUCCUUAUCUGCAGUCUCUAUAAUCGGAUAACACGUCUCUUACCAACUCGUUUACGCAAAAGAUCGAUCAGCAGAUCCAAUGUGUCAGUAUCAGUGCCAUUCCGUUUGGUCCAAGCCGAUAUAGACAAAUAUGCUACCCAUGCUGGACUGGCCGACUCAUGCUCUCGCCUUGAGCCCUCAUCCACAGGGCAGAACCUUGGCCACGCGAUCCUGCGGGAGCCCCUUCACGUGCAUGCGCUUCUCUGGACUGUCUGUACACCAACCCUGGUACUGUUGCUAGUUAGCAGACUGUGUCCGGUGGAUCCUAUUGGCAACGUCAAUGUACGGAACCGCUUCGAAGUGUUUGACAUGGCUCGAUGCGUCGCCGACCUCACUUGGGCACUGAAGGGCAAUGACCUUAGUCUUCGGGCAACCUUGUCGCCCGAAUGGAGGACAGUACGCCGCGGCUGGGAAUACGACAUCACCGUUGAGGUGUACGGACGAGACUACCAUCUGCUUUCACGUCAAAUAUACACAAUGCUGCAGUUCGCAAAUCAUGGCAAGGAGCUCGACUCGGCACAACGAGAUCACAAGCGCGGGAACUAUCCAGCUUCGAGCAAGACGGAAGAAUGGCCAUCUCCGCUGGUCGAGGCGACACCCUCUCUCACCUUUCGCAUCUCGUCUGACGAGCCGCUACGGUGGGCACAGCUUUGCAAGGACUACAAUCCUAUCCAUAUCAGCAAGCUUGGGGCCAGACUACUAGGAUUCCGAUACAAAGUCGUUCACGCUAGUCUUCUCAGUGCUAGGGCGAUCUCCCUGGUCGACAAGGUUGACGUGUGCCAGAUAUUAGACGUGGAAAUGAGGAGACCGACUUUCGUGUCAAAGAACUUGCAUGUGCAAGAAGAGUCCGGACGGGAUCAAAUUGUGCUCAAGAUCUGCGAGUCAGACAAGGUCAAUAUGGUCAUCACUAUCCAGCGGAAGCCCAUAUGACACAUUGCAUCAGUUAGCGUGGCCACAGCAUAGACAUGGGCUGCAUGCUACGGGGCUCGUCCGAGUCUUGAAGUUGGAUCUAUGCCCGACAGCUCCACAUCUGUUG